UUCUUUCUUUACAAUAGUUUAGUUUCUGAGCCUGUGGGCUCUUCGUAUGGGCUCCGGUGCAGUCGUGGACUUAAAAGUGGAUCCGAUCCAACUACCAUUUGGGCUUCGGUUUUGGAUAAAUCCGAUCCACAAAAAUCCACCUCACCUCCUCUCUUCUUCCUCACUCAUCAUCAUCCCUUCACUUCCCCCUAGCCUUAUCGGGAUAACACGAAGAAAAGAAAUCCAAAGAAGCAAAGAAAGAAACGAACAAGCCAUGGCGGCUUCUGUAUCCAUAAUGUCGUCGCCGGCGUGGAUGCCGGCGUGCAGAAACGCCCAAUCCUCACCUCGUGGAUCCGUCUCCGCUUCUCUCUCCCUCUCCACCGUCAAGAGGAAUUUCUCCAUGAAUGCCGCUUCCCGCUCCACAUCUCGCUCCGGCCUGCUCCACUGCUCUUUCCUCUCACCUCCGACAUCCUCCUUCUCAGGUCUGUCUUUGGGAACGGUGGAUUUGAACUCCGGCGAAAAAUCGAGAAAGCGGGGCGGCGGCCUGGUGGUGAGAGCAGGGAAGGCUGCGCUUUGCCUGACCAAGAGGAACAGGUCGAGGAAGUCUCUGGCGAGGACUCAUGGUUUCCGGCGACGGAUGAGAACGACCAGUGGGAGGGCGAUUUUGAAGCGCCGACGGGCAAAGGGGCGCUGGGUCCUCUGCACAAAAUCGAAUCCGAACAGCGGCAAAGCUUCCUAAAAACUGCCUAAUUUUGUUCCAGUUGUUUUGCUGGGUGGAAGACAAGGUGAUUGACAUUUCCCUGUAUUGUAUUUCGACUCCAAAGUUCGUUCAUGGUUCCAUUUUUAAUAUUUAAUUUUUGAAUGAUACAUGAUAAUGAAAAUUUUCGCCUAUCCGUUUAGAUUCCAUAUGAAAAAAUUUCAUUCGAAUAGCUU